UGCCCGCCGGUCGGUGCGUCGGACUCUGCUGCCUGUGCCACACAGUGUAUGCUGGGCUCCCCCCGGUCUGCGUAUGCGAGUGGGAUCCGCAUGCGGCGACUUGAGCUAGUCGUGGAAUGACAUAUGAAGAUGCUGGAGGCGGAGUACGACUGCGCGUGCCCCGGCCCGCCCCCGCAGUUCCAGCUGCCGCCCCCGCCUCUGCCGCCGCUGCUGCUGCAGGAGGCGGGCUGCAGCGCCGACCACGCGCUCUACUCCUGCGACGUCCUGCCGGUGCUGGACGCCGAGCUGCACAGCGGUCCCGGAAUCCCGCCCACGGCGAUGAUCGCGCUGUGUUCGGCUCUGCUGCUGGCCACGGUGCUCGCCGCCUCCGUCCUACUCUGCAGGUACCGCCGCAAGGUGCCGAACCUAGUGACGUCAUGCAAAGCGUCUCCGCAGAACAGGGUGUGCGACGUGUCGGCUGCCAACGAUGUCAUCUACGAAGACCUCACCAACAUCCGACCCAGGCCCUGCACGCAGCCCCUCCAGAUGCGGGACCUCAAGGAGAUGGUGGUGCACCAGGUGCAGUACCCAACCGGCAGCCAAGGCUGCGGAUCCUCCGUGUUCGUCUGCCCUGACCGCUAUAGCAGCGAGGGCGCCUGCACGCCCGUCUACCAGGAAAUAGGCCAAGGCCGCUGCGAGUCGGACCCGGACAGCGAGGCGGCCGCGGCCGCGGGGGCGGGCUCCGAGGACGACUUCGCGGAGGACGAGCUGAGCCUGGAGGACACGAACCCUCCGCGACACCACCUGUCGCUGACGAUGCCGCAUGCGGUGCCCGUGCCGGCGCCGCACGCCGCCGCCGCCCCGCCGCCCUGGCUCGGAUCGCUGCUCAGGUACCACGCAGGCCCGCCCCCCACAGCGCCACCGCCUGCCGUGCCGCCGGUGGCGCCGUACGAGACGGUGCCGGUGCCCGGCUUCUCCAGCUUCCGGCCGGCGCCCGCCAAGGCGCUCACCAGCCACGACUCGGACUCGGGCUACAGCCACAACACGUCGGGCGGUAGGCGGGACGCUCACUCCGCCGUCUCCUAGCGACCGCGCUGAGACGUGCAGCGGUCUCUUAGCAACCGCGCGGGGACACCGCGCUGCCGUCUCCUAGCUACACGCCGCCCUUCUGACAAUGAGCAGUGACCUUUAACUGCGGCCGAUAAUCGACAAGCAGCCUCUGACAAGUGUACUCUUCCAAUGAUCUUGCAGUGUACGUAAAACGUGUUACGUGACAAUAUAUGUCUUUUGCUUGUGCAACCAGCCACCACCAAACUAGAAGUAUCGAAGUAUCUACUGAAAUAAUAUUUCAGUGACUCGUGGUUUCAGGCGUCUUAUAAGACAGAAUAUACUCACCUGAUGACUCGUGGAAAUGUUGUGCAGAAAAACGCAGUCCUGUACCCGUUUCACGACGCAGAUCUAACAUACAAAAACUUUUAGAUAUCGCAAUAAAUUUUAUAACUGUAUGUUAUGUUCAAAAGGAGUUUUGAGUGGGAGGAAUUUUACCUGUGUUAAGCAUAUGUGGUAAAUGCACAUGUAAUUUACUAUGACAAAAUUUAUAAAUGCCAGAGAAGACGCUCUCAGGUAUUUAAAAAUUCCAGAGCUCAUUACUGUCUUUCAGUCAAUCUAACUUUAAGGGAGUUUUGAACUAUAUCUCCAUGGUGAAAUUCAUAAGUUUUCACAAGAGAUAAUAUAUUGUUGCAAAUAUGGUGGAGUUGACUGCCUUUGAAAGUAGGUUUCUGUUUUGUUCAAAUGGGGAUAACUGUAAUUUCACAUGUUUAAGGGAAGGCAUUAAUGCAACAUUGGAUAGCCGUGCGGGAUUAGCUGAGCGGUGUAAGGCAGUGCGGUCAUGGACUGUGUGGCUCGUUCCGGCAGAGGUUCGAGCCCUCCCUCGGGCAGGGGUGUGUGUGUUUGUCUUUAGGAUAGUUUAGGUUAAGUAGUGUGUCAGCUUAGGGACCUUAGCAGUUGAGUCCCCAAAGAUUUCACACACACACAUUUUUUUGCAGCAUUGGAUAAUGUUCAAAAAUGGUUCAAAUGGCUCUGAGCACUAUGCGACUUCUGACAUCAUCAGUUCCCUAGAACUUAGAACUACUUAAACCUAACUAACCUAAGGACAUCACAAACACCAAUGCCCGAGGCAGGAUUCGAACCUGCAACCGUAGCGGUCGCGUGGUUCCAGACUGUAGCGCCUAGAAUCGCUCAGCCACUCCGGCCGGCUGGAUAAUGUUCAUCAAUUAUUCUAAUAAUAUUGUAGAACAUGACUGUAAAGAAAUCAUGACAGCUACAUUUGUCUUAAAGUCUCUAUUACUUAAGUGAUAUCAGUCCAGGAUCAGAGAAACAAGAUAUUUUUCAUCAUAGAGAUUCUGUGAGGGCAGCUUCUGUGACAAAUUAGAGAAAACUUAUUCCAUUUCCCUAUACACAGCACCUGCAAAGGAACAUAUGCAGGCAGUACUUCCAUGCCACACAGUAGUGUAUUUUUAGACAUUUCCACACAACAUCACAUGUUAUGGACUUCUGAUGUACUCCUCCCUUGUAGUUUUGCAUACAUAUGAACUUAAUGCAUUAAAGAUGUCUACCAACUGUCAGACUUCAUGUGACAGAAGUAAAAAGAUGCACAUAUGUCUGAGCUAUUAUAGCACAUUUCCCUCACUGAGAAAUUUGUAAAAGUGAACCUGGUUUGUGGCACAACUGCACCAUAUUGAAAUCUGUGCAUUCAAAUCUGCUGAGAUUAUACCACACAAAACACUCCAUAAACGCUUCUCAUCUCCUAUGCCUUCUGAACUUAAUUACACAGUUAAUAUCAUGUGACCCUGAUGAUUCAUAUAUGAAAAUUCAAUAAAAUUUCUGUUUAUACUUGUUAAAAUCCUUUCUGUAUUUCCAAAUGCAUUCACCAAGUACUCUUCAAUAAUUAUGUGUUUAAAAAUGGCAGUAACAUGUGUAGAGCAAUGAAAUGUUAUUAUUUUCACUACAAUGUGAGUUCCAAUAAUCCUCCAAGCUUUGUGCUUCAUGAUGUAAAUCUGUUUUAGUAAACUGAGACAUUUGAUGCCAGCUAUUGCAAAAUAUGGGGAGCAUUUUACCACUGAUGCUCAUACACCUAUGUUUGGCAAUAUCAACACUCUCUUCUCUACCAUGCUGUAUAAUAAGCAUUACAAAACUGUAAUAUAGGAGGACUGUGGAGCAGUUAAUUAGGUCCUCCCUCAAUAAAUAAUGUCGUUGUCUGUGAUACUGUUUCUCUGGAUUGUAGCUGUAAAAUUACAGUAAGCAUGCAGGUAUAAAAGGUACAGUAUCAAUAUGUGUGAUUCAUAUUCUUCUGUAACCGGUCUCCAAUGUAAUAUGAAAAAACUAAAUGCUUUUAAAAUUUAAUUGUUAUCAUAAUUAGAAAUAUAAUAUUUAUGUUGCUGUAAUCAUGCAGCUGCAAACUGAAUCGUACUUCCUGAAUGUAUUAUAUUCAUAGAGACAUUCAAUAAUUCUAUCCAGACUAUCAUCCUUCUUUUUUAUAUGUUUUUAAAGCUAUUUACUAUUGUCUCCAUUCCCAUAGGAUUCUAAUUCUAAAUUACUAAUGAAUAAUAUUUUGUUCACACUAAGUCUCCUGUAAGGAACAUUCCUUUCCUAAAUGUGAAAUAUGAAAAGAAAAAAAUAGCUCCUUCAUAUUUUAGUGCUGUAUACUAUGCUACAUACUAUGGAUAUCCAAAUGCAAUUGCUUAGAAUCUACUACAUUUACUACAUAUUUUUACACUCUUAGCUAGCAUUACCAGAUGCAGUGAAAAAUGUCACAUAAUACUGAGUACCUAAUUGUCCCAAACAAAAAAAGUGCUGUGGUACAGAACUUAUACUGUCAGAAUAUUCUUUUAUGCAUUUAUAAUGACAUUUUGGAUUAUAGUAGCAUGAAAUAGUAGAAUGAUAUGGGCUCAUUAGACAAAUUUUGCAGAAAUUGUGAUCAAGGUACUCCAAAGACUGGUAUAGGAGAUAACUGUUGGCUGUAAACAAGUUCUGAAUGUAUAUGUAAUACUGGAAUUGCUUGCUGUACCAGUAUCAUUGCAGAAUCUCAUACUGAAGUGUGCCAUAUAUGAAAGGAAGAUUUGAAAACCUAACUGAAAGUAACAAGCCCUCAUUUUUGUAGUAGAUGUAAAAAGUGUCAUGCUGGUAUAGUUGCAGAAGGAAUACUCAAUUUUGAUACAUUUAAAUGAAACUAUAUUUUUAAGAAAUGAUUUAUUUGUGACAACUGUUCUACAAAAAUAUUUCAACUAAUUUGGUAACUUGAAUACAUGAAUGGCAGAAAUUACUUCUUGUAACAGCUCUUAUUCAUAUAAGCAAACUGCACCAAAUGUACCCCAUGUUUUGUGAUCAACUACUGAAAUUUUAUAUGAUAAAGUUUUUUCAUGUUUAAAUGUACCAUAAAUUCAUACCUGUAUGCAUUUAUCAGUUCUACAAAAGAACAUUUAUAUGCAGGAACCAGUGAAUUUCUUUAUUUAGGAGAGAAAUAUGAAGUGUGUUCCCUAUUUAUGCAUAGGGAUAUCUAACAAUUUGUAACUUAAAGUUUACAUUUCAAUGCUCUUCUCUGUGAAACAGCAUUGUUGGUAUCAAUGCAAAGACGAACAGAAGAUGUACGCUUGUUUCUUUUUCCAAAAUGUUUGUAGUGACAGCCUGUCAAUAUUUUAAUUUUGUUGACUGCGUUUUGCUGCUACUGUGCUUAAGUGUUUCAUGUAACAUUCCACAGUUGUAGAAAACUAUGUAUUUAUCUAUUUUUCAUGCUUUCAUAUGUAUGUAUUCAUUUCAUCAUCACUAAAUAAGAGUGAACUAGUCUGUAAUCACGACCUAUGUGUACAUUUGUAAAUGCUUGUAA